AUGCUGGGGUUUGCUUUGGGCCCACGGAAGGUGGCCGCUAGCGAUGAGGGACUCCAGUCGGAGCAGGCAAAGAGCCUUCGAGAGAGGAAUGAAAACGCGCUCGAGCUUUCCCCGAGCGAAAGACUGCGCGAAGACGUUUCGUUGCUGAUGGCGCACGGACCUUCGACGGCGACGAAAAGCUCUUUCAGGCGUGGGAGCGGCGGUCCCCGGGAGCUUCGCGAGUGGCAUCGCUUCAAGAAAACGCAACUGGGUCCCGACCGGGAAGCCUUUGAUCCUCGCUACAAUCCCGUCAGUAAUCCACCCAGGGACGAUCAGGGGCCUCGAGCUGCGCGCGAUGGCGAGCGUAAAGUAGAUGCAGCAAAAAAUCAUGCUCUGGGUGCCCGGAGUGCAACUAGUUUUCGGUAUCAGUGCCGAGAUCCCACGGCACGUCCGGACACGUCUCCGAAUCUUUUCGCGCUUUACGGAGAGCAGGAAGGCCGGGCGGCAGGAAUGAAGGCGACUGAUCUUCGGAGCGAAUCCGCCAUGGAUCUGCUUGGUAUCGUCGAUGUGCGAGGAAGGGACAAAAACCAGGGAGAAGAUGCAUUCUUGCGCGACGAGGCAGAUGCGAUCAAUGCAGCGUCGGCGCUGGACCCGCGAGGGAAAAAAAACUUCUUUCGGAUUAUCCAAACAAAAUGAUGCGACCGAGGUCACGCACACAACGUUGCCAAUUUGAAAUUCCGAACAGGCACGAAGCGAAGUGCAUUUUUGAUGUAUAGUCUGGUACGUGAGUAACAUGAAUACAUUAGAUAUAGAAUGAAAUGAUCUUUCUCUAAUAUGCUCCAAGCACAUCAUAGCGCUGCUGUGGUCUCAGCUUCACAUUUUGUUUCGAUACCACUUUUGUUCGAGCAACGCCACCAAAAGUACUUUCUGCCCCAAGCGAAGCAUGCGGAAUCAAGCACGCAAGAAAGAUACAGCCAGCUCCCACCGCAACUGUUGGAGCGCCAACUGCGCACGGCCCACGCCGACGACCUCUCGGAGCUAGAGUUCAGUCAUGCGCACGAAUCCGAGUUGAUGCGGAACGAACGGCAUCAAUGGGCCCCUUCCGGAACGGAAGACGAGAACAUGUACCAACAAGGCGGGAAUGGAUUGUAUCCCGUAGGAAAUCUUCUUGAGGAAUAGAUAGUGGCUGCAUGUGCACCAUGUCAUAGCAGAUAUUGAUAUUAACAUAUCAGCAGCUCCCGAAGAAGGAAGUGAGAAAUUAUUUCCCUCGGCCUGGAGGUGUCAGUGAUGUUUCGGUAUUCAUAGUUGGUACUUGUAGAAUUAUGUUUGCAGCAGCAACAAAUUUAUUGAGCUCAAGUAGAUUUUGUAGUGGAUGAUAAACGCGCUUUUCUGUUUCGGGAUUUGGUGCAGAACUCCGCUACGGAUCCCCGCGCGGGCAGUCGGCGGGACGAGCGCACCACGCGAUCGCAGCAUUCGGCUUACCACUUGCGAGGGUUCGACGUCUUCAAUCGCACACGCACGUUAGAGGAUCGUACCAGCUUCUUGGUGGACAAGGCCCACGAGUGGCUGUCGGGGGAGAAGCGGACCCCAGUGUCGCACGAACAGAUCUCCCCACACACCUGCGACGCGGCACGCUCGGCCGCCCCCGCGUUUGGGAGCGCUGCGGAUAACAAUGUUUACAGCCAGCACCUGGCACGGUUUCGCUUCGACGAGCGUUAUCACGCGGGCGACGCUCGGCACCAGCAUUUUUUUAGUAUGGAACAGGAACCACCAGCACGACCGGCACGAGGCGGAGCAAGAAAAUCCGCCUCAUCUCACGCGGCGAACACGACGACCUUUCUGUACCCCGCGGCUUCGGGCCGGCGCGGUGAUAGGCUUGCGAUGACUGGUGUCACCGCAGCAAGGGAGGAACGUGCCGAUGAGGAACGGCGGCAACUCGCACUGAUAACCUAUGAGCUACAGACUCGCCGGGACCUACGGACACGCUACAAAAUCCUCCCACGCCUGUUUGACCACUGGGCACAGCAGACGUGGGACAACGUCGAGGUCGACCACCGCUUCGCGGCCGCGCUGCGGCGCAACGUUCUCCGCAGAACGUUUGAGAGCUGGCGAAAUGUCGCAUCCGAUCUCUGACGGACCGCAGAGCGCACGUCUAUUUGGCCGCUACAACAGGCGAGGGCAAUGCCGCUUGCCAAACAAGCAAGCUGCAGCGGUGGCACACGAAAAGGUGAAGCGAUUUUGCAUGUCUGAUUCCAUGUAUAGAUGCGUAUAGAUACUGCUUGUCCCUGCGACAGCAAUUCGUUUUGUUUCUUAUGACAUUGUAUGUAGUGCCGCCUGAAGUAUCAGAUAUGUUUGCCUCCGUAUUGAGUUCACUCUCUUGUUCCUUAUUGCUCGUCACCUCAAGCAAACCUGUGUGUCCAAAAUAAAAUUGAAAACACUGCUACCGCUAUUCACCAUAGAGGUGAAAAAUACGCAUGCGAAGAAUAAGUGCGCUUUGCUGUUGCUGGCCCCUGUUGUGGUUGAUCCGCGUAAAAAGAUAGUGCUCCUCUCGCUAUUUGUGCUGUCCGUCUGUAAGCGCUACCCACAGAGUCAUAACUAGCAGUGCGCGACAGAAUAAGUACGAAUAGAAAAAUGAACGUAAACUUAAGGAAUCGCAUGCCAUUCGAAUACU